CGUAGAAACGCAGUGGUUUCUGGGAUAAGAGUGCGUGCUAUAAGAGCUUAUUACAAGAGCAGGUAGCUACGGGCCGUCGGUUAUUUGGGGGAAAGAGGGAUAAGAUUAAACAUGGCAGAUACCAACCAAGAAAUGACGACCCUUGAGAAGAGAGUUGCCGAACAGAUUGAGUACUAUUUCGGUGACCAUAAUCUUCCAAGAGACAAGUUCCUCAAAGAGCAGAUACAGCUAGAUGAUGGAUGGGUGCCGCUUGAAACCAUGAUCAAAUUUAACAGGCUGAGCCGUUUAACCAAAGACUUCAAUGUGAUUACUGAUUCACUGAGAAAAUCCAAAACUGGGCUUAUAGAAAUCAGUGAAGAUAAGUCAAAGAUAAGAAGAUCCCCAGAUAAGCCUCUGCCCGAAGCUAACGACGAGUACAAAGAUGCAGUUAAACACAGAUCAGUCUACAUUAAAGGUUUUCCCACAGACUCAAGUCUUGAUGAUGUGAAGGAAUGGCUAGAAGGCAAAGGAAAUAUUGAAAAUAUUCAAAUGAGGAAGAAUGCACAAAAGCAGUUCAAGGGAUCAGUAUUCAUCGUUUUUGACACGGAUGAAUCUGCUAAGAAGUUUGUUGAGAUGCCAGAUUUGAAAUACAAAGACAAUGAAAUGAUUGUGCUUUUAAAGGAGGAUUACUUUACAAAGAAAAAUGAAGAAAGAAAGCAGCUGAGAGCUGAAGCCAAGGCAAAAGCAAAACAAGAAAAAGAAGAAAUGCAAAAGCAAGCAGAGGAUGAGGAAAUGAAAUCAUUGGAUGAACACACUGGAUGUCUGUUGAAGUUUUCUGGUGAUCUUGAUCAGACCUCAAGGGAAGACUUCCAUGAAUUAUUUGCUGGCCAUGGUCAAAUCAAAUGGAUCGAUUUCAUUAGAGGUGCUAAGGAGGGUACAAUCCUCUUCAAAUCAAAUGCAAAGGAAGCUCUUGAGAAGGCUAAAGAAGCUAAUGGUGGCAACUUGCAAAUAAACAAAAAGGAUGUAACAUGGGAGGUGCUGGAAGGAGAUGUGGAGAAGGAGAUGCUGAAGAAGAUAAUUGAAGAUCAGCAAGGAUCCCUGAAUAAACGUCGAGGUCGAGGGGGUCGGAAAACAGGAGGAAGAGGACGGGGUGGACGAAAAGACAGAGGUGGAAGAGACCAGGCCAAAGUGGAGUUUCAAGGCAAGAAGACUAAAUUUGAGAGUGAUGAUGAACCCGAGGAGCAUGAAGCACCUGCAAGUCCAAAGAAGAGAGCUCUGGAGGAAGUAAAUGCUGGAGAUGUGGAGGAGCCAGUAGCAAAACAGAUGAAAACUGAAAAUGGCUCUGAGAAAUAGUGAUUUUUUUUAUUUUUUUAAAUCCACUCCUAUUCAGUCUUCAUUUCAUGGAGAAGCGUAUGAAGUCUACUUCUAUGUCGACCUGCAACAGGAAUAUAAAGCAUGGUUAAGACUUAAAUACAGCUUUAUUUCUCCCUGGUUCUGGGCAAUGAUGCUGGCAGAUGUGUGUGCAUGUUAAAUGCAGGAACCACAAUGAUUUGGCUGCAGUUUUUUUUUUUUACUGUUCCCCCAGUUUAUGUUCUUAAGUGGAGAACACUGAAAUGUUUUAAGCCCAACAAGUCUUACAUGAACAGUUCCAAUACUUAAUAUGUAAGCCUCCUGUAAUUGGGACUGCAGUUACCUUAACACAUUUAUGUAAAGUGCAGUUACCUGAUCUUUUUUUAUGUAGGAAAUGUUUUUUAAUAAAGUAACCUUUUAUUGUUGCCACACUGAUGUGUACAUGGUUUUGAGUUGCCCUGCAGUCUUUAUCUGCCAUGUGUGUACAGUGUAUUCUUUAAUUAAAAGAAUAACAUAUC